AACUUUAGUCUUUUACCAUCGUAUUUUUUUUCUCCCCUCAUCAUGGAGAGCCCACCUACUGUUAUCAGGCCACCGCCACCGUUACCGUCCUUCUUUCCGUCGUUACCACCUCCACUUCCCCAGCCUGAUAACACCACUAACAGUACUAUGAUCCUCAGCCCACCUCCGCCGUUGCCAUUCACCUCAUCACCCCAAAUAUACCCCAUAGAUCAAAACGGAAACAUCACCAUAGUCACCAUCAAUCCACCGCCACCGUUCCCCGAUGCACCGAGAAGCGUCGAUUUAUCUCCACUCGAAUUCAUCCUUUCCCUUAUGGCCGUCAUAACGAUCCCAGCUAUAGUCUACGCUUUCUUCUUCGCCGUCAAGUGCCCUCCUUGGUCUUCCGGUCAACGUCGUCCAGACAGCUCCGCCGAGGUUCCGAGGGACAACCGUGGAAGUUCUAUCGAGGUGACCGAGCUACGGGAACCGGUUUCGGGUCAUAAGUACAUAAAAGAGACGCAUUCCAAAGAUAUCGGAAAUGAAUGCCCGGUUUGUUUAUCUGUGUUUACCGACGGGGAAGAAGUAAAGCAGUUAAAUGGUUGCAAGCACUCGUUCCAUGCUAUUUGCAUCGAUUUGUGGCUUAACAAUCACGAUAAUUGUCCAAUUUGCCGGGCUAAUGUCGGCGUUAAGAGGCCAAAUAAUUAUCGUCGGCCGUCGUCGGCUAGAGAAAGUGAUCAUCAUCAAGGUUUGCCUGAUGCAGCCAAUCUGGUUUGACAUUUCUUAUGUAGGUUUUUGAUUUCAUUAUAGCUUCUUGGCCUUCAAUA